UUGUGAUGGGAUACGCGAACAAAACUGGAAGUUCCUGUUUCUCAGAUUUUUUGUUCAUCCGAUAAUGGAAGAAAGUUAAUGUCACCCGCUCUCAUUAAACGCCGUCAAAAUUUAACCGUACAAUCAUGAUUAUUUUUGAAGGAAAAUGAAAGAAUUAACAAGUAGAUAUAUACAUCUGAGGAACUGGAACAUUUAAACAUCCAAAAAGAGAAUUCAACGCGCGGAUCGCUACGCCGAGCUCACUGUUUUGCGCCUCCCUGGGCCUGAUGGAGGAGGCAUACGAGGAGCUGUACCGGGAGUUCCUGAGGCUGCGAUCGCUGUGUCUGAAGCAGGCCGCCCUACUCCGCCACCUCACCCAGGCGCUGGCGCAGCAGAAAGCAGCGGCCGCUGCUCCUAAUGCAGACCCCAGGGGACCUGGUGCUGUCCCCAUCCUGUGUACGGAGGACAAACGGGGCUCCACCACUGAAGACUGGGCUCAGGCCAUGGCAAGAUUACUGCCCUCUGCUGGUCAGACGAGAGCCAGCACUGCUGCUGCAGGAGACGGCCGUGCAGCUGAUGUCAUCGCUGGGGGAAUGGACAGGUUGCAGCUCGGGUCUGCAGAGGAGUGCAGAGGAACAGAGACCCACAGAGCGGCCACCAUGGGCCCCUCGGUUUCUCCAGGUUUGAACAGAGAGCCGGCACCCCCCGAUGGCCCGGGGGACGAACUGCAGCCAGAACAGCAAUUGAGGGAGUUGUUCUACAAAGCAGUGGGAGGCAUAAACGGUUUUGAUGCUGGCGAUGGGACAACGCAAAGAAGAAAGCCGCUGUGGAUGUUCAGCUCUUUCCUGGACAGUGAGAUGUUGAGUCAGGGUGGGGGGCUGAUGAUGUCAGAGGUGGCGCUGCAUUCCCAGGUGUGCGAGUUCUGCCACGCCGUCUUUCCGGGGAACACCACUACACGGGGCGAUUUCCUGCGCCACCUGACCGCGCACAUCAUCUGACAAGGUGCCUCCGCAGGACCACAGCGAGGAACCUCCCCUCUCCAGACCGAACCCCCCCUCUCCAAAUGGAACCCCA